UAGAAAUUCAUUUCAAACAGUGAAGGUUAAGGAAGCUAGACAAGUACAUUUGGAUUUGGGUUAUUUAAAAAGAAAUAGGAGGUACACAAGGAUUAAUAGUAGUUUGUGAUGGGGCGUUGGAUUAAACCAGAGGUGUAUCCGCUAAUGGCUGCCAUGAGCUUUGUGACGGGGAUGUGUGUCUUCCAACUUACAAGGAACAUUUUGACAAACCCUGAUGUGAGAGUAAACAAAGUGAACCGUGGGAUGGGAGUGCUGGAAAACAGAGAGGAAGGAAAGAAGUAUGCAGAGCAUAGACUCCGAAAGUUCCUUCGAACUCGUCCACCGGAGAUCAUGCCCGCCAUCAAUCACUUCUUCUCACAAGAUAAAUGAUUUAUUCAUGUCCAAAUCCUACCGUAAAUGUGUAGGUUUUGCUUUGUUUUGAAAUAUUUUUUUUUUUUUUGGGGUUUUAUUUUUAUGGGGUUGUAAAGAGGUGAUCAUGAAAUUCAUGAUGUUUUACUAGUUCUUUGAUUAAUAAUAAUGAUUAUCUAGCCAAUUUCAAUUGGCAAAAGGA